CCAUCUCUCUCUCGUCUUGUGCCUUCGAAGCUCCCGUUUCCACUUCAGAUCGACGUAACUCCCUCCUCCCUUAAAAAAUCCCAACUUUCUGUCCCCCUUUCCAGUGCAUUACGCCGGAAUCUCAUCGAGAGCUUCUUUGAAUCUCCGGCGACAGUUCUCUCUAGGGUUUUAGUUCCGUCUCUGCAACAAAGGGAAGACCUUUCGCGCCGUUUCUUGGUAUGGUAUUUCAUGUUUUCGAUAGUAGUGGUAUGUUGUGUAAUUUGUACUGUGUUCAUGCCUAUGGAAUACGUGUUUCUGUAUAGCUUCUGGGCUUUCCUUCUGCUUGAUUUCUUGUUUUAUAAUGGGUUCUGGGAUUUUGGAUUUAAACAUAUUGGGAAUGGGAGCAAUAUGUGUAUCUGUGACUGAGUAUGGGUUUUGGAGCGGGGAAGGAAAUUAGGGUUUAGGGUUUAUUUGAGUGAUGAAGUUGAAUUGGAUAAUUGUUAGGGGUGAUUUCUAUCUUCAUAUUAAUUAGUUGGUUUUUUGUGGAUUUUUCAUUCCGGUAUAUGGGAGAUUUUUGGCUUCUAGUAUGGAUAGAUUUAGCAUUCCUUUGUUUGAAGGAAGGAUUUUUGUUAUAUGUAUGAAGUUUGGUUACUAUUCAGUUACUAGACUAGAGUUAGGCUUCAGACUUCAGAGUAACUUUGGAGAAUGUUAGUCCUUUGUUUUUGUUUUUUUAGUUUUCAUUUCAUAUCUCAAAUUCUGAAAUUUUCACCUAACAUAAUGUUAUGUACAAAUGCGGUGGAUGUAUGUAUAUGUAAGUACCAACUUUUUGACUUGUGCUGGCUAAUCAUUUUCUUGAUCUGUAUUUUUCAGAAUCUAUACAAAACAGGGGAACUGACUCAAUCCCCAGCUCACCUCUGUUCUAGAUGGGUAUGUAUCAUGUGAUGUUUGGAUUUAUUCAAGAAUUUUCAUAUUGUUAAGUUAUAAAAAUGGUAAGAAAGCAAAUGUUCUUGAAUAACCACAAUUGACAAAAGGGAGAUCUUGUGGAAUGUCAUAUGGUCAAUGCACACCUGCACAUGAUCAUGGCAUGAAGCCUAUUGUGAGAUCACAUAUCUUAUGACAGAAUCUCACUUACUGGCAUGUAAUUUCUCUUAAAUUUUUAGAUUUAUCGUAAAUGCCUAGAUGGUCCCAUUUUAAUCGGACAUAAAUCUUGUAGAUAUAAACUAACUUGCGAUACCAUGUUCCCAUUAUAUCUCAAAAUCAUAAAUAUGUUACACGAAAAGUAAUUAGCCCAAUUCGAUGAUCAGUUUCAAUACAAAUUCAUCAUCUUUGAUCGAAAUUUCACAGCUUGAGAAGCGGCUGCAUUUGAAUCAAGAAGAAUCAAGUAUGCUUCUGUGCAGAGUUCUUAGUUGGGACUGUGAAAGAGAUGGGUAGAUAAAAGGGCAUCAAUUCAGUGAAGUUUCUUUUUUCUUCAUCUUCUAUUGUCUGGUUCUUUGUUCCAAAACUUCCUUUUGCUGCUUUUUUUUUAUUAUUACAUGUAGAAGAGAGAGCUUUAGAUUGACACUGGUUCCCUUGGUCGUCUUGUUCCCACUCAUUGAAAAGUGGAUGCCUAUACUCCUCGGGAUUUUAUUCUUCUACAAAAUCCAUAGCCUACAUAAUGCAUUCACU